AUGGACCCUCUCAAUGGAAUAAUCAGCGACCUACUGUCAACCACCCUGCAAGAUGUAGUUGUUACGCCCCCACCAUACCACCCCGCCGAAAACCUAGAUGACAAAGUAAUGAAGACAUAUCAGCAAAUGCUUAAGAACGUUAAACUCAAAAACCACACUGAAAGUUUAAUCCACGCUUUUUACCUGGGUGAAAUGCUGACCAAGACGGAUCCUAAGCAGCAGACCUUUUACCGAAAGGUGAUCACAAAACACUACUUCAUGGCCACAACAAGAGCAUUUUGGCUGUUCGAGGCCUAUGGACCCGCCCAAAUCUAUCGUACAAAGAGUAUUAACGUAACCAUAAUGGCAAGAAUGAAGGCCGAAGAUUUCCGAAGCUUGGUAUAA